AUGAAGAUGAAGAAACUUUGUGCUGUUUGCAUCCUGGUGAUUUUUACUCAUGAUCUUGCUCGUGUAUCAUUCACUGUAAUGGCGUUGAAGUGUAAUCUGUGUAUUUCCAAAGGGACUAGCCUCCAAUGUACUCCAUCAGUGCAGACAUGUCUUGGAAGCUUCGAUGUCUGCGCACACAUCAAGUUCAGGCCUCAUUUACUGGGUUCUGGCUUUAUCCGUUCCUGUAUGACCAGAUCGUUCUGCUUGAUCUAUACAUUAAAUGAAGAGGUCAAUGCUAUGUGCUGCAACAGUGACCUCUGCAACUGA